AUGGCUGUCGACAAGAUCGCGCCCAACGACCCCCGCAUCGAGCGGAAGCAGGCCGAGGUCAGGGGCAAGACCUACUCCUACCUCUACGGCAAGCCUGAGGGCACCCCUAAGGGCACCGUCGUGCUCAUCCACGGCUUCCCCGACAUCUCCCUCGGCUGGCGCUACCAGAUCCCCUUCUUCCUCUCCCAGGGCUACCAGGUCGUUGCCCCGGACUGCCUGGGCUAUGGCCAGACCGCGUCCCCGGAGAAGCUCGAGGAGUUCUCCCUCAAGAGCAUGGCGGACGACAUCAAGGCGCUCUCGGAGCAGGUCGCGGGGCCCGGCGAGCAGAUCAUCCUCGGCGGCCACGACUGGGGCGGUGCCCUCGUCUGGCGCGUCGCCCUCUGGCACCCGACCCUCAUCAAGGGCGUCUUCAGCGUCUGCACGCCGUACAACUCGCCCACGACGUACUGGUUCGACCUCGCCGACCUCAUCGCCGCGGGCAAGUUCCACAACUUCAAGUACCAGCUGCAGCUGCGCGGCGCGGACGUCGAGGCCAAGGUCAAGACGCCCGAGGACAUCCGCCAGUUCCUGCAGGGCAUCUACGGCGGCCGCGGCCCCAACGGCGAGCUCGUCUUCACGACGGAGCAGGGCGUCGUGUUCGAGAACCUCGGCAAGAUGGGCCCCACGCCGUUGCUGAGCGAGGACGAGAUCGCCUACUACGCCGAGCAGUUCUCGCACAGCGGGCUCCGCGGGCCGCUCAACUGGUACCGCACGCGCAAGAUCAACUACGAGGAGGAGCUGCCGCUGGCGGAGAAGGCGGAGAAGGAGGGGGCCGCGAUCAAGAUCCAGCCCGCGAGUCUGUUCAUCCUUGCGAACAAGGACGCGGCGCUGCCGGCGUCGAUGGCGGCGGGUAUGGACCAGCACUUUGUGGACCUGACGAGGGGCGAGGUGACGGCGACGCACUGGGCGCUGUGGGAGGCGCCGGAGGAGGUGAACAAGCAGAUCAAGGAGUGGCUGGAUACCAAGGUCAACAAGCCGACGGCGAACUUGUGA